AUGGAAGUCAAAAUUGGCAUUCACACUGAGAAACCAUGGAAAUGCAGGGACUGUGGGAAGGAAUUCAAAUAUCCAUCUCACCUGGAAACUCAUCGGCACAGUCACAGUGGGGAGAGGCCGUUCACCUGUCCAGAGUGUGGAAAAGGGAUUUACUUGCUCAACCUAUCUGCUGACACAUCAGCAAAUCUACACUCGGCAGCAACCAUUCACCUGUCCCAACUGUGGGAAGGGAUUUACUCAGUCAUCUGCACUGGUGACACACCACGUGUUCACACAGAUGAGAGACCAUUCAGAUGCUCUCACCGUGGGAUUGGAUUCAAACGAUCAACUAACCUCACCGACCACCAGCGAAUUCACACUGGGGAGAGGCUGUUAACCUGCUCCGAGUGUAGGAAGGGAUUCAGUCUGAUUUUCCACCUCCUGGCACACCAGCGCGUUCACACCGAUGAGAGACCUUUCAAAUGUUCAGAUUGUGGGAAACGCUUUAAAAGUUCAAGAGAACUGAUGUCCCACCAACAUGUUCACACUGACGAGCAACCAUUCAGAUGCUCGCAAUGCGAGACUGGGUUCAGACGUGUGGCUGACCUCACUGUACACCAGCGAAUACACACAGGGGAGAGACCAUUCACUUGCUCCAAGUGUGGAAAGGGAUUCACACAAUUAUCCAACAUGGUAACGCACCAACAAGUUCACAUGUAA